GUUUACUGACUGCGAGCAGAGAGCGACCGAAGGGGCUGGGCCCACAGUGGAGAAAUGGCGAGAAUGGUUACCGAGAACGGUUGUGGAGUGGAGACACAGACCGAGGAGCCGCAGGGACCGGGCCGGGGUUCGGCCAGAUGGGGUCCACAGCACGCCGGUGCCCGAGAACUGGCUACUUUGUACUCACCAGGCAAAAGGUGUCAAGAAUGGUUAAGCGUCGUCCUCUGCUUCUCUCUCAUGGCCUUCAAUUUCAUUCACCUUCUUGCCAAUUUCCACCUGGGACAUCUGUGGUACAUCCCGUUGAGCAUUGUGACGGGGAUACUCACUGCAGACUUUGCAUCCGGCCUUGUUCACUGGGGGGCUGAUACGUGGGGAUCAGUGGAUUUACCCAUCUUUGGAAAGGCCUUUAUACGACCAUUUCGAGAGCACCACAUCGACCCCACAGCCAUUACCCGUCACGACUUUAUUGAGACCAAUGGUGACAACUGCAUGUUGACCAUAGUCCCUCUAGCAAACAUGGCCUUCAGCUUCCUCACCCUCUCCCCCGCGGAGAUUUACCAUAUCUACCCCUGGUACUGCUACUGGUUCGCAUUAGCCAUAUUUGUGACCCUGACCAACCAGAUUCACAAGUGGUCGCACACAUACUUCGGCCUGCCUCGUUGGGUGGUGUUCCUACAGGACUGCCAGGUCAUCCUCCCCCGCAAGCACCACCGCGUCCAUCACGUCUCCCCUCAUGAGACGUACUUCUGCAUCACCACAGGUUGGCUGAACUACCCUCUGGAGAAGCUGGGUUUCUGGAGGAACCUGGAGGAUCUCAUCCAGAGUGUUACGGGAGAGAAGCCCAGGGCGGACGACCUGAAAUGGGCUCAAAAAGUGAAGUAACGCCGCAGGCUAACUGCACCCUACCUCAGAAGACCCAUGGCUCCGUCCAGGCUUCUCACCCCCCUUUUUUUGCCUCACACAAACUGUAAUCCAGAGAAAGAAAAAACUAACAAACACUUUCUGAUGCCAUAGCUUUAAGUCUUGCACAGUUUGUCUGUUUUACAAGAGGAGGGCUCUGUGGAUUGAAUUUUUCAUCACUCACUUGUGGAGAUCCUCAUUUCAAAUCGCAAUAUAUCCUAAACUCUUUGUAUGUCUACUAAAACAACUCAUCACUUUUGAGGUGAUUUGCAAAACCGUUUGCUCAGAAGGUUCAUUCAGAUGCUUUAAAGUCAGAUACAAGAUGAUUUGAUUCCAAGGAGAUUAAAAGAUUUCCCUCAUGUCAGAAAAAUCAAACAAUCCCAAAAAAAGAAUAGUUGAAAGAGUGAAGGCUCACUUUUUUCUCCUCCAGAGACGCAACUGUUCAUUUGUAGAGUGGAUAAGUCACGUUAUAUUUAGCACUUCUUUUAAUAUCUCUGGAUACGUCUUUGCAUUUCCACCUCAUUUAGGGUCUACUUCAUGUGCAAGUAAUACAACUGGAUUAAGGCCAUUGCAAGUAGAAGGGCAGGGGUGAUAAUGUUUUUUGGGAUGCUAUACCAAUGUUGAUGGCUAAAGAACAAAAUGGUUAAUUACUACAUUUGUUGAUUUCUUGCACAUUUGGGUUCAGCUGCACGCUUUACGGGCUGUUUUGUUAAAGAGGUGAUGACAAUAUUUGAUAAUUUAUUUAGGAAUUUUCCAUUUGAGACAAUGACUACAGUUGCGAUGGAGGAGUCAAUGCUAAUCCAAAAUCAAAACCAUCCCUCCAGGAUGCUAAAUGACAGAUCUGACAGCUCAGAAAACAGGUUUUUAAUUUCAACAAACCAAAAACGUACAACCAAAUUCCCCCGAUUUCUGUCAGACACUAAACUGGCACUUUGAUUGUUAUCUGGCCAUUGGAACAGUUUGCAUUUUGGUCUUUGAUGAUAGAGGAAACACAGAAAAUGAGUAAUUUGAUCUGAAAAAGUGGCAUUGAAAUGUAUGCAGUCAUCAUGAUGGUAGGCCAUUCAAAAUUUGGGCACUUACAAAUGUUUAAUGCUGUUGAUCUGCGCAGUCAUCCUGGUCCAACUGACUAAUCUUUUUCGAUGCUCAUGUGUCCUCCGAAAAGCCUUUUUUAGUUUUUAAAGAAUGCAGGAUGGAGGCAGACGUAGUUUUGUCGAGCUGCCUUACACACAGAUGCAGUACUUGUGUCCUUUUUGUUGUCGUUUUGUUUAAUUUGCUGCACUUCUUUGUGUCGUUGCAACCGUAAUUGUGUCUUUCUGGGAUUUGUGUCUUGGCUAGUCAGACACAGAUUCUCCAAAGUUAUGUGCCAACAGUGUCACAUUGUUUUCACUCCUCACGUCUUGCCAUUCUUUUGUAAUGUGGGAGGGAGCUGUCAUUUUCAGAGCGUAACAUUCAACGUGAGUGAUGCUGCCACCGUGUACCGUCUGGGUAACUGUGACAAGCAGACUCGGGUGAUUUGCUUUGCUGACCGCUAAAGAUCCAGGACUUUCUUCAUUGCUAGAGAUUAUGUUGUUCAUUGAUUCGUUGGAUGAUUUAUUUUUAAUGCUUUGGUCAGUAAUUUGUAAAUGUAUUGUAUCGCGAAUAACUAUGCAGUGUAAUACGAGGCCCUUAACCAUAUGUCUUAACUCAUCUGAUUAGGUUCAAAUGCCUUUCUUUUUCUACUAGUUAACACAUAUUUGCUAUUUUAGUUGGAAAACAGGAGCUUAAAAAUUGUGCUACUUAAACAGCAUGACAAAAUUACUUUGUAACUAGGUAAGAAUGCGUGCAUGCAUAAAACAUUUGAUAUACUGAGUCACCAGCUUCCCUUUGAGUUGGUGUAAAACACACACUGGCUAGGUAGCAUUGGGCUGCUUUUAAAGAAGACCGCAAAUUUUGACCAAGUGGUCCCAUGUUUGAACUAUCAAAAUGUUAUCUAAUAAAUCUUUUUCAGGCGUAGAUUAGUGGAGCUAACCUUUCCGUUAGUUGGGUUGAAGGGGUCAAAAGGCUGAUUUAGUGAUCUUGAUAUUGUGCUUAAAGUAGAUCGGUAUAGUUAAUUUUGAAGCCAAAAUUAUGCUUUAUAUGAUGUAAUUUUCCAGUUCUUGAAUCCUUCAUACUUGAUUAUAUACAAUAAUUCCCGAUAGGUCAACAGCAGAAAUACACUGCAGACAGCAUAGUGCUUGUAGAGUAUUGUGAGAAGCAGUUUUGUGUGUUCUAGGUAGUGUGAUAGAUGCUGGUAAAGGGAUGCCGUUAUCUGUCACUGCAUCAAAGUUUAAGGCUUUUGUAGAAGUUCGACCUCUGUAGCACUUUUUUGAUCAGUAUUAGGCAAAAAAUAUAGAUUGGGCAAGUAGACUCUUUCUCAUGCACGUUGACAACUUAUUUUAUGAAUAUAAGUUUCGCCGUUGGCUCUAAUGGAUGUUUUGGAACUUCAGCAAUCUGUUUUUUGGGAUAAUAUGAAAGUUAUGACAACUUUGAUGGCAUUUUGUGUUUUUGUAAUAUAAUAUUAAAGGAUAAUGGUUAGAUAUACUAGACAUGCCAUAAUUAGUUUGGAGAUUGACAAAACUGACAACCUCGCAAUAAAUAUAUAUGGUGAGCCACCACAUAACGAACUUAACUUGGAUACAGGCUUGCCAUAGUCGCUUUUUGUACUACUUGGGAGUCUGGUUGUGAGAAUAGAUCUAACAUGCAUUAUCUUAUUCUUCAUUCUUAUUCUCCAGAUGAUCUCAGGAUUGUGGUUAAGUAGGUUAUUAUGAAAUUGUGAAAAAUACAAACAAGUGAAGGCCUUUGAUAGAUAAAAGAUGUUUAAGUCAUUCUUUUCGUCUGUUGGCCAAACUAUUUUCAAAAAUGAAUUAUAGGUUCUAUUGUAACCGUAAAUCAGUACAGUUAACUCAGCCCCUUGUUAUCGAGGUAGAAUUUGUGAUUAAGCUGUGUUUGUUUUUUUUGUUUUAGAGACAGGCGUAAGUGGAUUUGAAGGUAUUUUGUGACAAUUUAUGGUUAACUAAAUAUUUUCUCAUUUGAAAUUGUGAAAGCAAAUUAAGUUGUUGGUGAGUGGGUUGGGCAGUUGUUGGUAUGUUUAUCAUGCUGUGUUUUUAAAACACAUUUGUAAUUAUCUUAUUGAGUUGCCUUAUCCUCUGCCUGAUGGAUUCACUGUAGAUCUUGCCAGAGAAAUAAGAAAACCAUUUACUGACACUCCAAUUUUCCCUCCACUUGCCUCUAACUCCUUGUGAGUUGGGACCCAAAUCUUAUGGAUGUUGUAGUUGGUUAUGUAUGAUGGUGAUGAUGGAGUUUUCGAUAUCAGAAUAAUGCCUUGAUGCCUUUCUGUUGUCUUCCAUUGGGGAGACCUACAAUGUACAUAUUAAACUGUAUUUAUAAAUAAACUAAAUAAACCGUUGAUAAUUA